AACGAUUUCAAAAACACGUUGUGGAUAGGCAUCCAGUAUCGUCGUCCUCUGAAGCUUUGGAAUGCGUUAACUCCUUCCAAGUUUAAACACUACCCCCUCAUUCUCACCUUUCAUUUCCCUCUGGAUGCUUAUUGCGCGCAUCUCGAACAAUACCUCAAGAUCGCUUCAUACAAUAUCAAUUCAUACACGUCUUGAAAAUAGCUCUAAAUUCACCCGCAUUCAAUCGCGCUUCCAGCAUAGAAGACUCUCAGUUUACCCGAAAUACAACGCUUUGUCUAAACUUUUACUCAGAACGACGACCAGCCCAUCCCAAAUAUCGACCUCGACGAUAAUGAGCACUAUAGAGCGUUCUUCUCCACCUUCUCCCAUCUCACCGCCAACACCCCCCGAACACCCUUCCAAAGUCCUCGUUCUUGGCGCUGGAAAUUUUGGCAGUUGUCUUGCUGACCACCUUGGGGACUCACACCAUGAAGUUUAUCUAUGGGCGAGAGAAGCAGCAAUAGUGAAACAUUUCAACGAACAUCAUAGAAAUCCAAAAUAUCUCAAGCACCACCACUUCUCUCGCAACAUUACUGCCGUCGGACCUGAGCUUCCAGAUGCUGAAUUCAUACAAAAUAUGGAUGUGGUUCUCUUUGCCAUACCUACGCAGUUUCUCAGGGAGACACUCAAGAAAAUGCACUUCCAUUUCACUAAGAAUCUGGAAAGCCGACCUCUAUUGAUCUUCGUUAACAAGGGUAUUGAAGUGGGAACACAUGCUUUGACUCUGGAAAUUAUUGCAGACACCUGUGGCCCUGAUGUCGCCAAGGCUGCCACAUUUAUUUCAGGUCCAUCAUUUGCUAAGGAAGUUGUACAAAGACAGCCAACCUCAGUCUCCGUCGCCUCAUUAACUGAAUCGGAAGCGGACAGGGCGGCCUUACUAUUCCAUCAACCACACUUUCGUUGUUACACCGGGAACGACCCCAUUGGGCUUGAACUCUCUGGCGCUCUCAAAAACGUGUACGCAAUUGCAGCUGGGGCCGCCGACGGCCUCGGCUUCGAGAAUAAUACCAGAGCUAUGCUCAUUACCCGUGGGUUGGCAGAAAUGACUCGCAUCGGGACCGCUUAUGGUGCUUCCCCUCUCACAUUUUUGGGUCUCGCUGGUAUCGGAGACCUAUUCUUGACAUGUAAUUCGCCCAACAGCCGUAACUAUACAGUUGGAUAUCGGUUGGGGAAAGGUGAACCUCUCGACAUGAUCACCAAGACGCUUGGGAGUGUUGCGGAAGGAGUCUCUACGGCGAAGGGUGUGAAAAUCAUUGUGGACGAAUUAGGCAUCCAAGCCCCAAUUGCAACCUUCAUUUAUGAGGUCCUUUACGAAGGAAAAGAUGUCCUUGUAGCUGUGCGGGAAUUGAUGGAGCUCCCUCCUUCAAGGGAAUUGGAUUUAUCUCCAACAACUGGCGCACCUGCGAGGAAACUGAUGGAGAAGUUAGGGUUGGACUCUACAAACUGACGAGCGAAUUGGAAAAACCGGGUCAUAAGGACAUGCGUUAUAUUGAGAAACAUCUGCCAAUUCGUCCAAUCAGUUACUUAGCGAACGCAACAAUGCCACAACUUGGGCCGUAAGCGUCAAUGUCGAAUAUUUACCCAGGCCGGGAGAAUGAGAAACUCAGCUAUUAUCAUUGAUCCGUAGAACAAUAUGAGGCCGUUAAAUACUGGCUGCGGUGUAUCUGGU